AUGGUUCCUGACCCAAAUCAAAGAAAAAUUAUUGAAGCCAACAAAGUAGCCUCGGAGGAAUUUCCACGACAGCUUGUCAAUAAGCAAUUCUUAAUGCCUAGUUUGUUUUUUGUUGACAUCUCGGCAAUCCAAAUUUACAAACUUGAAACCGGUGAUGAAAUAAUCCUAGCACCCGAACUAGCUUAUAUUUUAUUUGAAGCCAAGUGUGAUCUAACCAAUGAACUCAACACAUCAUACCUGGGUCCAAAAAUCCCAGCCAGCCAAAUGAUUAAACUUGCCAAAUAUAGUAAUGAAAUUAUCCGCAAAGUUGUACCGCCAAAUGUUCCGCAAAUUAUUCCGCCAAAUGUUCCGCAAAUUAUUCCGCCAAAUGUUCCACAAUAUAUUCCGCAUAUUACACAGUAUAUUCCGCAUAUAAUAUUAUUCCGCCAAAUAUUCCGCUCAUACCCUAUAUAA